ACUACUGUUCGCUAGGAACUAGUUAUAUGCUAGCAAACAGAAGCUGCAUUUGAAGCGCAGACGACUGUGAAGACUAUGAAGACUUGGCAAGCCCUCUGCCUCGCUGUUGGCCUCUACGGAGCUCUGUUUAUUGCAACCGCAGAGGAGCAAGAGAGGAAUUCGAAUGGGCAACUCGUAGUGCACAAAUGCAAAGACAACUACGUUUUAGACAAGAAGUACUGGAAUGACGUCUCUGCAUUUCCUGCUGACUGUCGAUACUAUUGCAACAGGAGCCAUACUGCCACAGAAAUAUGGUAUGGGUACUACCAACCGUUUACUCCGUGCACGAAUUCUACUGACUUGAAGGACGCACAAGGGAAUACCAAGUAUGGAAUAUGUAUUACCAGUGGCGUAACCGGAAAGAAGACAUGGAAAUGUGAUUUGACGCAGCCACCAAAGAUCCAGCUGGAAUCCUGCUGAUCAGCAGCUGUUGACGAUGAAGGCGCCGGUAAUAGCGUACGUGUAGUGGACCUCUCCUCGAAUAAACAGAAUGUCAUA